GGCCUUUAGAGACCCCUCUGCUCUUCCUCCUUCCUCUUUGGGGGGGAUUCCUGCUGGGAUGCUCAGGAUCCUGCCACCCCCUGACGUUCGCCCUUCGGUGGGGACCCUCCCAGGGAAUUCAAGCCUGGAAAAGGCUCCCUGCUUCCCUGUGAGCCAGGAUGAGCUCCGUGGCCAGCCCCGAGCCCCUGCCCGAGCCCCCCGGCCCCGGGUCCCGUUACCUGGAGAGCUUGGCUGAGGAGGACCCCGAGUACCUGCGGGCGCGGAACAUGGCAGCGGACCUGCGGCAGGACUUCAACAUGAUGGAGCAGAAGAAGAGGGUCACCAUGAUCCUGCAGAGCCCGGAGGAGCUGGAGAGCCUCAUCCAGGAGCAGAUGAAGAAGGGGAACAACUCGUCCCACAUAUGGGCCCUGCGGCAGAUCGCCGACUUCAUGGCCACCACGUCCCAUGCCGUCCUCCCCACCUCCCCCAUGGGGCUGGCUUCCGUCACCCCCAUCAACGACCUGCACGGCCCCGAGGCGCCGGCGCUGGCCAAGGGCGAGCGGUUGAUGCGGUGCAAGGUGGGCAGCAUCCACCGCCUGCUGGACCUCUAUGGCUGGGCCCAGCUGGGACACGCGGCUGUCACCCUACGCGUCAGCAAGGAACAGGAGCAUUUCUUGGUGGCCCCACAGGGGCUGGCAUGCAGCGAGGUGACAGCGGCCAGCUUGAUCAAGGUGAACGUGCUGGGGGCCGUGGUGGAGCAGGGCAGCACCAACUUCACCCCGGACACGGGCAGCUUCAGCCUCCACGCCGCCAUCUACGCCGCCCGCCCCGAUACCCGCUGCAUCAUCCACCUGCACACCCCGGCCACGGCUGCAGUCUCGGCCAUGCGCUGUGGGGUGCUGCCCAUCUCCCGCGCCGCGCUGCUCCUGGGGGAUGUCGCCUACUUCGACUUCAGAGGGGAGGUGGAGGAGGAAAGCGACCGGGUCGAGCUCCAGAAGUGCCUCGGUCCCACCUGCAAGAUCCUGGUGCUGCGCAACCACGGCGUGCUGGCGCUGGGCGACACGGCCGAGGAGGCUUUCUACAGCAUCUUCCACCUGCAGGCGGCCUGCGAGAUCCAGGUGUCGGCGCUGGCGAGCGGGGGCACGGAGAACCUGAUCGUGCUGGAGCGCAGCAAGCACCGUGCGCACGAGGUGGGCUCCGUGCGCUGGGCGGGCAGCACCUUCGGGCCCAUGCAGAAGAGCCGCUUGGGCGAGCACGAGUUCGAGGCCCUCAUGAGGAUGCUGGACAACCUGGGGUACCGCACCGGCUACACCUACCGCUACCCCCUGGUGCAGGAGAAGAGCAAGCCCAAAAGCGAUGUGCUCAUCCCCGCCACCGUCACUGCCUUUGUGUUCGAGGAGGAGCCCGCCCCGGUGCCAGCGCUGCGGCAGCACGCACAGAAGCAGCAGAAGGAGAAGACGAGGUGGCUCAACACCCCCAACACCUACAUGAGGGUCAAUGUGGCUGAGGAGCAGCAGGGCAGCGCCGGCAGCCAGAAGACAAAGACGACGUGGCUGAAAGCAGACGAGGUGGAAAAAGGCAGCAGCGGGACCCCCAUCCGAAUCGAGAACCCCAACCAGUUCGUGCCCCUCUACACGGACCCACAGGAGGUGCUGGAGAUGAGGAACAAGAUCCGGGAGCAGAACCGCCAGGAUGUGAAGUCAGCCGGCCCCCAGUCCCAGCUGCUGGCCAGCGUGAUCGCAGAGACCAGCCGCAGCCCCUCCACAGAGAGCCAUUUGGGAGAUGCAGAAGCCAAAGAAGCAUCCAGGGAUGAGGCCCCCCCGGAGCCGGAGCCCCCGAACCCCUUCAGCCAGCUGACGGACCAGGAGCUGGAGGAGUACAAGCAGGAGGUGGAGAGGAAAAAGCUGCAGGGCGAGAAGGCUGCUGUGGCCGAGGAGAGCCAGGCUCCCCCUGCAUCCCCACCGCAGAGCCCGGCCCCGACGCCUGCGGAGCCCUCGGAGGGUGACAAGAAGGAGGAUGGGGACCAAGCGCCGGCUGAUUCUGCUGUUGAGAAGGAGCCGCCAGCGGUGGUGAAUGGGAAGGAGGAGGAGCAAAGCACCGAGGAAAGCAAAGCCGGGGAGCGGACAACGUCCCCUGCCAACACCGACACGGAUGCCCCUAAGGAGAAGGAGACGGUGACCAGCAGCCCCGUGUCCCCCGAAGGUUCCCCUUCCAAAUCGCCCUCCAAGAAGAAGAAGAAAUUCCGGACCCCGUCUUUCCUGAAAAAAGGCAAAAAGAAGGAAAAGAUCGAAUCCUGAGUGUCCUCCGAAGCCUCCGCCCCCCAGUCCGCUCCGGAGGGAGGCACCAAAGACGCAGGGAUGGCUCCUGCAGCUGAAAAGCCGGGAGAUGAGCUGUUUCCUAGGCUAUUCCCGGCACCAGGCACCUCAUCCCCUCGUCACCCGCUUAUUGGAGGCGGUCACUGAGCUUAGGAAAGAUUUGUGGCCCCUGUUUGCUGCUUGGGGAAACACCCACCCGCUGCAAUGUCCCUUCUCCCUCCUCUCUCCUGGGUACCAGCCCCUUUCCCAGUCCCGGAUUGAGGGUUGGAUGUGGGGUGUUUGCUCCCCCUUUGUGAAUUGCAGGGCGCAGCUCGGAUGCGCUCGGUUUGAGGACGAAAAGGGUGCUUUUUGUUGUUCUUUUCCUACCUUCUUGUCCCAAGCUCCACUGGAAUGGCUUCACACACCCCCUGGGCAACAUCGGGUGCUGCUUUGCCAAGGGAAUUGGAUCAGAAUGGGAGGGGGGAAUUUGCUCUUCCUGAAGGAGAGCCCACAGCCUUGUGAGCCUUUCCUUUAUGGAUCGUAACCUUCCUCCUCGUGGGAUGGAGUCCCCUUCUCCUGGUGCUGCUGCCUCUGUGUGUGUGCGGGAUGAGGAAGCGCAGCCGGAUUCCCCAUCACCGGACCCGCACCGGAGAAGGGAGAAGGAAAAGGAGCCUCUGGGAAGGGUCUGUGCUACUAAAACUGAGCAAAACUUCACUAAGUGCUACUUCGGGAUGAAGACGCUGCCACCUCACUGCCGAUGCCACCGUCCCCAUCGCCCCGUCACCACUGGUUGUGCCACGCCGACACCAUCCACGUGCUUUUGCCGAGCUCUGGAAUCCCAAGCACUCCUCCCUGGUUGUUUCCUUGCCUCCCAGCCUCGCCUCCAGCUCUCCAUACAGCGACAUGACCAUCAUUCCAACCUCCCGGCCGUGCCCAAAGGGAAGACGAGACCCAGCGAUGCUUUGCCCUGAUGCUGCUCCAAUGCUGGUAUUAAGGGGACAAAACCAAUGGAUCAGCCCCUAUCCUCCUCCAACACACAGGGAUUUGCCAUCUUCAUGGGGACAGGGCUUCCUCCGGGUCCUGGAUCCAUGGGCUCUGCGUUUCCUCACCCCAGUCCCAUAUUCCCACAGGCCACCACCACGUUUCAAAGCCUUUUUGCUCUUGGCUUUUGUUUUCCCUUCCGGAAGAGCAGAAAGCCAAAGGGAGGAGGUCUGGGGAAUGCAGGAUGGGUUUUCCUCGCAGGGCGAGUGAGUUGGAGAGUAAAACAUCAGGCCCAGGGGUCAAAAGAGGGGACCCUGAGCUCCCCCAUUCACAAUCCACGAGGAUAAGCGGAUGCCCAUCACCUUUAUAUCAGCCUUUGAGAUGCCCCCCGCAGCUCCGUACCCAUUUCCCAUGGGAUGUUGUUAACUGCCACGGGUCCCAAAGCUCUCUGGGGCCCCUUUGCCAUGGAGCCUGCAUGUCCCAAGCCACAAACCGCCAUAGGGAUGGCUGUGCUGCCUCUC